AUGGGUCAAGAGGCAACGGGCAAAGCUGAAAUACGGGAACGUCACCUUAAACAUGGGGAGAAACCUUUCCUGCUGCGGCGUGCUCAGGUUCUGGAACAAGCAGUCAGACAGGUUGUGGAGUCUUCAAGCGGGCUGGACGAGGGCCUGAGAAGCACGGAAGGUCCUGGUGUCAGUGUCUCAGAGGAGAGACAGAGUCCUGCUGAGAGUAGUGGUGUAACUGUCAUCUAUAAUCCCUAUGCUUCCCUUUCUAUUGAACAACAAAGACAAAAGCUGCCUGUUUUUAAGCUACGAAAUCACAUACUUUAUCUGGUGGAGAACUAUCAGACUUUGGUGAUUGUUGGGGAAACAGGUUGUGGGAAAUCAACACAGAUUCCACAAUACCUAGCAGAAGCUGGCUGGACGGCCGAAGGAAGAGUUGUUGGAGUGACGCAGCCUCGUCGGGUCGCUGCUGUUUCAGUUGCAGGCCGAGUUGCUGAUGAAAGAGGUGCGGUGUUGGGGCAUGAGGUUGGCUAUUGUAUUCGGUUUGAUGACUGCACAGAUCCACAGGCUACAAGAAUUAAGUUUCUAACUGAUGGUAUGCUGGUGAGGGAGAUGAUGUCAGAUCCUUUGUUAACAAGAUACAGUGUCCUCAUGCUGGAUGAAGCCCAUGAAAGGACGCUUUAUACAGACAUUGCCAUUGGCUUGCUAAAAAAGGUUCAAAAGAAGCGUGGGGAUCUUCGACUGAUUGUGGCUUCAGCCACCCUGGAUGCAGAGAAAUUCAGGGAUUUCUUUAAUCAAAAUGAUACCGGUGACCCCAGCAAAGAUACCAGUGUGAUCCUUACUGUUGAGGGGAGAACGUUUCCAGUGGACAUCUUCUACUUACAGAGUCCUGUUCCAGACUAUAUAAAAUCAACUGUGGAAACUGCAAUGAAAAUUCACCAGAUGGAGAAUGAUGGCGAUAUACUGGCAUUUUUAACUGGCCAGGAGGAAGUGGAGACAGUUGUUUCUAUGCUCAUAGAACAGGCUCGGGCCCUUUCUCGCACUGGAAUGAGAAAGCACCUCCGUGUGCUCCCCAUGUACGCCGGACUGCCUUCUUCUGACCAAAUGAAAGUGUUUGAGAGAGUUUCUCGCAGUGUGAGGAAGGUGAUCGUAGCCACCAACAUUGCUGAGACUUCCAUCACAAUUCACGGAAUUGCAUUUGUAAUUGAUUGUGGAUUUGUGAAGCUUCGGGCCUAUAACCCCAAAACAGCCAUCGAAUGUCUUGUGGUGGUACCGGUAUCUAAAGCUUCAGCUAAUCAGAGAGCAGGACGUGCGGGACGUAACCGCUCUGGAAAAUGCUACAGACUUUAUACAGAGGAGGACUUUGAGAAGCUGCCGAAGUCAACUGUUCCCGAGAUGCAGCGCAGUAACCUUGCCCCCGUCAUCCUGCAGCUGAAGGCUUUGGGAAUUGACAACGUGCUCAGGUUCCCCUUUCUCUCACCACCUCCGGCACAGUCAAUGGUGCAAGCUCUAGAGUUGCUCUAUGCUUUAGGAGGUUUGGAUAUGCACUGCCGUUUAACGGAGCCUCUCGGAAUGAGAAUAGCAGAGUUCCCUUUGAAUCCUAUGUUUGCAAAGAUGCUUCUGGAAUCGGGAAAUUUUGGCUGCUCCCAGGAGAUUUUGACAAUUGCUGCCAUGAUGCAGAUUCAAAAUAUUUUUGUGAUCCCUCCAAAUCAAAAAGCUCAGGCUGCCAGACAACACCGAAAGUUUGCUGUGGAGGAAGGUGAUCAUCUCACUAUGCUUAAUGUUUAUGAAGCCUUUGUCAAACACAGCAAGAGCUCUCAGUGGUGUCAGGAACACUUUCUGAACUACAAAGGGCUUGUUAGAGCUUCUGUUGUGAGAGAGCAGCUGAAAAAGCUUCUCGUCCGCUUUAAAGUGCCAAAAAAGUCCAGUGAAGGUGAUCCAGAUCCUGUUUUGAGAUGCAUAGUUUCUGGAUUCUUUGCUAAUGCAGCUAAAUUCCACUCUACUGGAGCAUACAGGACUAUCCGUGAUGACCAUGAACUUCAUAUCCACCCCACUUCAGUGCUGUACGCAGAGAAACCUCCACGCUGGGUAGUCUACAAUGAAGUCAUACAGACUGCUAAAUAUUACAUGAGAGAUGUGACUGCCGUUGAAUCUGCGUGGCUCUUGGAACUGGCACCUCAUUUUUACCAGCAAGGAACGCACCUUUCCUUGAAAGCCAAAAGGGUCAAAGUGGAUGACCACUGACGUGACGUGACUUAAGUCUUGUGACAUCAGCUGCAGAACCUACCAGUGAUUUCAAGCUGGCUACAGUCCAUUCAGCAGUCAGUUCAUUAGAAAUUUGAUCUUAAAUCAGCUUAACUGUUUAAAUGCCUGCCAGGAUCUGUAGGGGUUUAUGCAUGACCAGUACAUUGUAAACCUACGUAGAGCUUCCGUUGUGGUCGUUCUAUUCUUUGCCGACUUGACCACUGCUGUUAAUCUGGGCAUGUUGCUCCUUUUAAAUAGGUAG